AUAAUAGCAGAAGAUUUUCAAAAACUGCAGACACCAAAAGCAGUGAUUCAGAAUAUAGCAAUCCAGAAUAUAGUGAUCCAGAACUUUUAGUUUAUAAAUUCGAGAACAAUAACAAGGAUGACUUUAGUAAUGAAGAGACAGAACUUUAUGAAGAAGAAGCUAAGCA